AUGACUCUCGUCCACAUUGUCCUCUUCAAAUUCCGCCCCGAAGUAACUGAUGAGCAUAAACGACGCUUCGUGACAGAACUUAAGAAGCUCAAGAACCUACCCUGUGUGAAAUCUGGACGCCUGCUUGUGGGCGGUCCCAGUGUGACCGACCCCAUAGACCGCAGCAAGGGAUUCCAAAUCGCUCUAGUAAGCUAUCAUGAAAAUCUGGCUGCACUGGCAGAAUACCAGGCAAGUAAGGAGCAUCAUGAUGUGACAUCGACAUACAUGUUUCCAUACAAGGAGGACCUGGUGAGAUUUGAUUUCGAGGUUGAGGAGGAGGAUGAGUAUAUGUGUGAAUUUCCGAGAAGGUCACGUGGGAAAGACUGGAAGACGCGGCAACAACAGUCCAGUCCAGUCCAGUCAUCCACUGAUCGCGCAUCUUGUUAUCUCAGGUCAGUCCUUUUUGCCCCCACUUCGGAUAUCUAUAUGUCAACAUGGAAUCACCGCUGCGAUGGAAACGAACCAUCAUGCAGUUCCUGCUUGAAAGCAGGGGUGUCGUGUGUGAAUGAUGGAAAACAGGAGGUCACGCGGAGAUACAUUUCGAACAUGGAAAACCGGAUCCGAUGGUUGGAAUCCAUUGUCAAGGAAAACUGCGCCAAUGUGGAUCUUGGCCUUGAACAUCGCAUGAUAGCUGCAGAGAACGCAGUAGACCAUGAUAGCACGAUUCUUUCUGCCGAAAUACCGCAUGAAGAUGAUCCGACCACUAGUUCGCAACGCAUUCCCCCAAGGGAGUUGAGAAGAGAGGCCCGAGGAGCUUCACGCAAUGAAGGAAACGGCUCGAAUUCGUUGCCGGACCAGCAUCCGCCGCACCAUAUGACGGGGAGUAAUGCUGAGCACCAACCGGCUCACGAGAUUGGUCUGGUGUCCCUGUCCUCUGGAGAAGGCCCUCGAUACAUUGGGCCGUCCAGCGGGUACUUCUUCGCGAAUCGUAUAUUCUCCAGCGCUGGACGGCGAUGCAAAUCCAGGGGUGUUAGAAAAGCUACGGCAGAGUCAACUAUCCUCUCAACAGAGCUGCUAAGCAGCCUUACUCUGCUGCCCACGCGAAAAGAAAGCGCCGUGGAACUCUCUAAGAAGUACUUCCGAACAGUACAUCUUAUCUACCCGUUCUUGCAUGAGCCGACUCACAUGUCAGUGAUUGACCGGGUAUAUACUUCCCAGAACGAGAACCCUCUGGACUUGUUCCAGGUGUACAUGGUUCUAUCCAUUUCAGCUUUGAAUCUGUCUCGCGAAUGCAAGGUACAUCUUCCCGUGGAGGGUUACUAUGCGUCUGCUAUGAAGUAUGUUGAGCAGGUCUGUUCAUAUGGCUCGAUUACUGCUCUGCAAUGCAUGCUACUUCUUAUGGUUUAUGCGCUACAUAACCCCUCCUCUAAUGUCAACAUUUGGAACCUGAACUAUCAGUGCCUCGCAAGUGUGAUAGAUCUAGGGCUGCAGCGCGAUGUUCGGGUAUCCCCUUCCCUCGGAAUAUCGCUGCUGGAUCAGGAAAUGAGAACCCGUAUCUUUUGGGUUGUAUAUACUCUUGAUAGAGCGAUUUGUACCAUGAUGGGGCGUCCAAUAGGUAUCAGAGAUGAGGCCUGUGAAAUGAGGUUCCCGCUGGACAUGACAGACACAGACCUUCUCAAUCCUGACUCCAACCACAAUGGAGAACAAGAGCCACCGUCACACAUGUCACACUCGAUCCAUCUUUUUAAAUUAGCCAAGAUGAACUCAGAAAUAAAAUAUGUCAUGCACAGCAUUCAACGUGACGUACCGAGCUAUGCUUAUCCCCCGGUUCGGGAUAUCUUCGCAUGGCAGCGCGAUAUGAUAUCAACCCUUAAGAACUGGCAAUCGACAAUUCCACAAGACACAGCUAGUGAAGAUACGAUGUCCAAGCUAUGUACGGCCAGAUAUCACGAAACAAUGGUAUUACUAUUGCGACCAAGCCCAGCAAUCCCAGACCCAUCGGAGGAGAUGCUUGAUCUGUGUUUUCAUCAGGCGGUAGAUCUCCUGAAAAUCUUUGGCGAUAUCUACAGGGCAGGAAGUCUACUCUACAGCCGACUUCUUGUCCACUCGGUAUUCCUUGGAGCUCUUGUACUACUCUACUGUAUCUGGAAACUACCGAGAACUACCGCCAAGGUGCGUGUCGAUGAGCUCAUGUCGAGCCUCACUAUGGCGCAGAACAUACUUAGUAGUAUUGGUGAACACUGGAGCGAGGCUACUCGGGCACGGGAUUGCAUUGACGAAUUGUCCCGUGUGACAAUCGAACGGCUCUUGAGAAACCGAUCGGCCAUCGAAUCACACACAGAAGCCGACAGAACGCAGUCGCGAGCUGGAGCCCUUCCUCAAGAAUAUCGAGCAGAAGAAACUUCUUAUCACUUCAACUUGUUUGAUGAUCUUCUGCAGGGCGACUAUCAAGGCUGGAGUGGAAUGCCUGAUAUUGAUGGGCUGAUGUGGGAGGUUUUCAACAGCUCGCCACAGUAA